GGGCUGAGCAAGGUCUCGUGAGAUCUCCCCCGGGAACUGUGGGAGCAGCGGUGCCUGCUGGGAUUGCCGGCGUCACCGAGGCAGGGACGUCGGAAAGAGGAGAUCCAGCCGGGGCUGUGAUUGAUGCUACUACUGCUGUUGCCAGCACUGCUAGGGCAGAAAGUGGCAAUAUGAAUGGAGUUGAGACCCGAGCCUGUUACAGAUUUUUUACUGAACGUCCCCGUAGGUUCCCCGCUUCCGGUGACGUCAGCGGCCAGAAUCCGGAAGUGUUCAGACGGGACCCGGGGCUGCGGCCGGCGGUGGGCGGGAGAACAGGCAGACUGCAUGUGACUUCUACAAGGUGGAGCAGAAUAAAGGAGAAGUAGCCAAAUUUACUAAGAAGCAACCUCAUUAUUAGUAUUCACAUUGCACGGGCUCCAGGAGCAGUGCAAGAGAAUGGAGCCGUCCAUAAAGAAAAUCAUCUUUGCAUUGGUCAUCUUUUUGCCCACAUAUGCUCAUGCAUUUCCUAAUGGAAACGUUCUACCAGCCUGUGAAACAAUGGAGCCGAGACAUGGUGGCAAUGUCUCUCAGACUAUCACUGCUCCAUAUAGUCUGUCUUUUUCUAGUAUCAUCCACGCUGGAAUAAAUGCAUUUCAAGUGACUCUCAGCAAAGAAUCAGACAGUAUUGAUUUCAAAGGUUUCCUGAUUCAGGCUCGAGCACCUGAUGGUACCACUCCUCUGGGCUCAUUUGUGGUCAAUGGAUCAGAUGUCCAGACUCUGACAUGUACUACUGCUGCGAGUGCAGCGAGUCACACAUCGGCCACUCCUAAGUCAAGAGUAGAGGUGAUUUGGCUGCCUCCAGUACCAAGAGUCAAGUCGGCUGUACAGUUCAGGGCUACAGUGGUGCAACAAUUCAGUACAUUUUGGACGAACAUUGGAAGUGAUAUUAUACCGGCUGCAUCCGCAGGGCCAGAGCUCUUGGCUCCAACUGUAAGCCAGUUUGUGCUCAGUUUUACUGUAUUGAGCUACACCAUGCUUGCCAUGUGAAGACUAAGAACCGGAAGUCAAGUGGAGAAUAAUCCCAAAUUCUUUCAGUAUGUUUUCAUAUAACACAUUUUGUACUUUUACUUUUUGUAUGAAUAAAUGAACACGUUUCAAGACUC